UUUAAUAAUUCUGCCAAGAUUCUGUCUUCUCCAUAGCUUCUCUGCUUCUCUCUUCAUAAGAGCUAAACCCUUUCCCGUCGAUCUAUACCUCCCGAGGUAUUCCUCACUCGCUCUAUCUCUUCUGCAGUUAAUCUCAAAGAUUUCGCGUUUGUUUUCGAGGAAUCAAUGGCUUCCAAACGUAUUCUUAAAGAGCUCAAGGAUUUACAGAAGGAUCCUCCUACGUCUUGCAGCGCUGGUCCUGUGGCAGAAGACAUGUUUCAUUGGCAAGCAACUAUCAUGGGACCUGCUGAUUCUCCAUAUACAGGAGGUGUAUUCUUAGUUUCUAUCCAUUUCCCUCCGGACUAUCCUUUCAAGCCCCCAAAGGUUGCUUUUAGGACUAAGGUGUUCCACCCAAACAUUAAUAGCAAUGGAAGCAUAUGUCUGGACAUUCUUAAAGAACAGUGGAGCCCUGCGCUAACUAUUUCUAAGGUGCUGUUGUCCAUAUGCUCUCUGUUAACGGAUCCCAACCCCGAUGAUCCCCUCGUCCCUGAAAUUGCUCACAUGUACAAGACUGAUAGAGCCAAGUAUGAAGGUACUGCACGCAGCUGGACUCAAAAGUAUGCUAUGGGAUAGUUUCUACAGCUAAGCCCAUCUCAGCUCUUAGAAGAUAGAAGAAGCGCCUUGAAUCUUACUUCUAUGAACUUGAAGGAAUGAAAGCCUCUGUAUUCGUAAGACUUAAAGCUUUUGUAAGGAAUUUAACUUUCAUUGUGAAUAUCGAUUUGAAGAAAUUAUAUAAUGGAAGUCCUUUAACUUAU